UCGGCCCGGACGCUGCGCCAGGCAUUUAAUGGGCGCAGCUGGGCGCAGCCUCUUUCGUAGGAAGCUUCUCUUUACGAGCCCUACGACAAUUUCUUCCCGGUUCACCUUUGCUUUUUAAGUGACUAAUAGUUGUAUGAAUUCUCUGAACGAUCUACGAUAUUCUAGUGACGUUUUGAUAAUAAACGAAUUCCUUACGUUCAUUCGUAAAAGUUUUAUUGUCGAACGUUCAACUACCUUUUACGAAAGUGCGUCCCCACUCUUGUGUAUUCGUCGUCUUGUAUCCAUCCAUCGAUUCAUCUGCUCAUUGACGCGAGCUUGCUAAAUGCACUUUCGUUCUUCUCAUUUAAUAAAUCACGGAAGAGUAUACGAUGUUCCUUAAACAACACUAUUUGUUAAGAGGUGCAAGGUGUUCAUGAACGUCAGUUUCCAUUAUUUUUUUUAAGGAUAGUCUAAUAAUCGUUUGUCUAUAACAAGACGCGACUGUCUCAGAUACAAGCUUCUAGUAUAAAAUGAUCAUGUAUACAGUCGCGGAAGAACACAUAAGUGAUAAUGAGAUUGCACAGGUAAUAGCAUUCAUAUGCGGGGUCAUAGUGAUACUUUUGAUGAUAAUGGGACUUGCAUCUACGGAUUGGCUAAUGGCCCUAGGAUGGAGGCAAGGACUUUUUGUACAUUGCAUCGAAGAAGGUGCACCAACUCCACUGCCAUUUAAUAUGCCAGAUCCACAAGGAUGUUAUCAAGCUAGAGAUGUUGCAUAUAUAAAAGCUGCAGCUACCUUGUGUGUGAUAUGCCUUUUAUCAGAUAUUAUGGCAACAGUUUUAACAGGUCUUGGAUUAAGAUCACAAGAUCAUAGAGAAAAGCACAAAUUCUAUAGAUUUGCUGUUUUAUGUAUGGGUAUUGCUCUUGUAUGUCUCUUAACUGCAUUGGUAAUUUAUCCUGUGUGCUUUGCCACAGAACUUAAUCUUGGGAAUAGAACAAUGUGGGAAUUUGGAUGGGCAUAUGGCGUUGGAUGGGGUGCAGCUAUAUUUUUGUUUGGUGGAGCAGUAUUACUUUUAUGCGACAAAGAAAGCGAAGAAAUUUAUUAUAAGGAAAGAAAAAUAGUUCGCAACGAGAUGGGAGGAGGUAGUUCAAUGGCUGGUAUGGGACAUCAUGGUGGACGAAGUGGUACGCAACUAGCCUAGUGGCAUUGCACCCUGCCCGAUGUUGUACUCUAGGUGAUUCUUUUCUUUUUUUGUUCUCACAGUUUGAUACCCAUGCGAAGAGUUGUAUACGUGUAUAUGAAAAUGAACAGUUUUUAUACAUGUUACCUGCAUGUUAGAUCAGAUUAUAUUGGAGUUACAGACGGUUUGGUGUAAAAUAUAUGGAACAUGUCGAGCAAACAUUGCUGAAAUUACAAAAGUAUCUAUCAGUUGACUGAACAGAAUUUUUUUAGUAAAUAGUUACCAUUUGGAAUUAUCAUGGGAAUUAUAGUAAUUAAUACAAUUUUGGGACCAUUGUUAUUUUAAGUUUUUGUCUACAGUAUUAUAUAAUCUUUAUAUAUUCUAAAUUUAUAAUUGUUUUAGAAAAUUAUUUCUUUUACAUAAUUUAGUUUGCCAAGUUAAUUCCGGAUGUAUAAAAAUAAAUUUACUUUUUGAUAAUUAUAACAAUUAUCUCGUGAAAUGUUCAAAUCAAUAUUACAUGUAGUAAAAUUAUUAAUAUUGUUUUAUAUUAUUUAUGUAAGUGUAUACAUAUUAUUUUCGCAAUUAACAUAAGUUAUUUCGGUAUAAUUUACAGUAAAGCACAAACAUAAUAGAUGAAAUAUUGAACAAUAUUGCUGACCAAUUCUAAAAUGACUUUGAGUAAAGAAGCUUGUGUUCUUUUUUUUUCUAUUUUAGUUGUUAUGUAUCUUGUUUUUUACGAGUAAAAUAUUUACAUUAUGUUACCAUUUUUAAGAAAUACAUAAAAUUUUGAUAAGUAGAAAAUAUAUUAAUAAGUAUCAUUAAUUUAUGUAUUUUAUUUAUUGUUACUUAUCAAUAGUGCAGCCUUUUUUUAUAUAUAUAAGUUAGGUUUCAUACUAAUGAGGUAUCUUCCAAGCCUAAGAUAUUCAUGGGUCUUCUUUUAAAUAUAAUUAAAUAAUUAACUAAAAUUAUAAUAUACAAAUUUAUAAAUUUACUUAUUUAUAUCAUACUUAUAAUUAAUAUUGCUUGGAUAUAGCAGGCUCUAAAUAAUUAUUAUGAUUUACUUACUAUUGGUAGUCAAUACUUUUAUUAUAUAUAAAAUUUAUAUAAUAUUUAGAAACUUUUAAUUUCUAUUAUUUGAUUGCUAUUUACAAAAUUAUAAUUAAAUAUUUGCUUUGACAUUUAUUGUCACGAGCUGAUCUUAUAAAUAAAAAUGAUUGAUAUUUGUAACAUAAAUUAUAUGUUUAUAUUAACAUUUUUAUAAAUUUAGUAAAUUGAUAUAUACUCUCAUACAAGAAUAUAGCUUAUUAUAUUUUAAGUUCUUGUUUAACAAUAUUUUUUGUAAUAUAAAUGAUUUAUAUUUCUGUAUUUAAUAGAAUAUUUCCUAAGUACAGUCAACUGAAACAGCAGUAAGAGCAAGUAUCAAACAAAUUUUGAUAAACUCGUAUAAAAUGUUCAUUUCUGUAAAUAUAAAUACAUUAAUAAUAUCAAGACUCUACAAUCGCGGUAAAACAAAAUUUAUGUAAAUUAUAAUUCCAAAGUAUGAAGUGAUAUAAAAAAAUUUCUGAUAAUGUUUUACAUCGAUUAAUGGGUUGUAAUAAGUGAACAUCCCUUUUUUCAUUUUUAUGUAAUCCAAGACAAAAUCUUUUAUUGUGAAAAAGGAAUAUCUCUUUAAUUAGAAAUAUUUUCUAUGAACCAAAUACACUCUUAGUUAAAAUACCAUAUUACAGAUUCUAUAAGUCUUUAACACAAUGGAGGCAGCUCGGGCAGGUAUUGUCAUUACGUUAUUUGCAUUAUAUACAUGUACGUAUAUGUACAUAUAAGUAUCUUAUAAAUACUUGUAAUAGUAUGGUAAUAACAUCUAUGGUUAUUGUAAUAUUAUUAAUAUGUUGUACAUGCAAUUUUCACAACACGAUAUAUGGAUGACCAUGCAUUUUAUGAGAGCUUUAUAUGCAAUGUUCGAUUAUAUGUAUAUGCAUUGUCAGUACAUAAACCUAAGUUUAUAUUUAGAAAUGUUAAUUUAUGUUAACACAUAUACAUAUACAAUUAACGUUCCAGUAAAUUUUUAUAUGAUAUUAAACUAAACAAGACUGCGUUACAUAUAAUAUUGUUAGAAACAAAAAAUAUCAUGAAGUAUUGUAAAUUGUAUUGUCGACCAAUAUUUAAAACAUAUUUAAACUUUUGCAGUGAACAACGUUACGAAAAAUCUAAGUCAAUUCUAAUCUUAGUAAAGUCAUUAAUUAGAAGUAUAAUAUUUUGCCAUAUAUUUUUUGUCCCAUAUGAUAUGGCAAAUUUUCACAAAGGCAUUUUAGAUAACAAUAAAAUUUGAAAUUAGUGAGGUAAUCUAUUAUUUGUAAUGAAUUAAUAUUUAUAUAUCAAAAUCAUCACAUAAAAUCAUGUGAAGUUAAUAACUCUGGGAUUUAUUUCAGCAAGUCUAUAUAUAUAUAUUAUUAGUAAUAUAUUAAGUAUAUAUUUAUUAAUGAGAAACAGUAUAUAUAAUGGCUAAUAUUAAAUUAGUGUCUGAUUUAUUAGACUGUAGUUGCAAUAACUCUAUAGUUCCAUUUGAUUCCUAAUUCCGUAAAUGUAUAUUGAUAUAUUAAUUUAAUCGAAACUAUGAAUCAAUAGUUUCUUACACGAAUUGUCCGUAGAAAUAAUAAUUAAUUGAUCUAUAGUUAUAAAGAAAUACACAUCUCAUUAUUAAUGAAGAAAAAGAA